CCUUGUGCCAAGAAAUGCUAAAUAGAGAGAUGUUUCUCAUGCUUGUUCCCCUAUCUAUCCCAGAGGUUAUAUCAUGUCCACAAGCCCAUGACUCUGCUUGGUCCCUGCUUGGCCAGAAAGGGGCUUUUUUCCUGCUCCACCACUGUUAGCCUUUCCUCCAGACUUCCUUCCCUCUCUCCUCAGUAACCCAGCCCUGACCCCUUAGCUUCGGCUGGCUUUCUUCAUCUGACUCUCCUCCCACUUCACACUCCUUCCCCUUCCCCUCUGUCCUCUGUUCCUUCCUUUUCCUGAUCCUUCUUUCUUCUCUCCCUCCACAUUCCCCUUCUCUCCAGCGUUCUUUAUUUCCCUUUCCAAAUGCUACUUCUGUGUGGCAUGCACAGCUAGGAGCCCUGUGACGUCAUCAAAGACCCACUCUUUUCCUGGCCUUGGAAAGAGAAACUGGCCUGCCACAGCCAGUGCUAAUUGGAAGGGGUCGGCCUGGAUCUGAAACCUGCAGGUGGGGUUUGGGAAGCCAGCCUUGCAGUGUCUUCAAAGAGGCCUGAUUUUGUCAAGACACGUUAUGGACCCGAGUUUAAGAAAAAGACACCAAAGUGACAAGCAAGUCAACAACCGCUCUGUUUUGGUGCUGAUGAAUGGCAGGGUUGAGGAGGACAAAUGGAUGAAUGUUCAAGUGGGAGACAUAAUAAAACUAGAAAACGAUCACCCUGUCACAGCAGACAUACUGUUACUCUCCAGCAGUGAGCCCUGCGGCCUGACAUACAUUGAAACAGCGGACCUGGAUGGGGAAACCAACCUGAAAGUGAAGCAGGCCAUCUCGGUGACCAGUGAAAUGGAGGAUAACCUGGAGCUGCUGUCUGCCUUUAAUGGAGAAAUUCGAUGCGAGCCUCCCAAUAACAAGUUGGACAAGUUUUCCGGAGUCCUGACCUAUCUGGGGGAAGACUACUUCCUGGGCCAUGACAAGCUACUGCUCCGGGGCUGCAUCAUCAGGAACACGGAUUGGUGUUACGGUUUGGUGAUUUAUACUGGGCCAGACACCAAAUUAAUGCAGAACAGCGGCAAGUCCACCUUCAAACGAACACACAUAGACCAUCUCAUGAAUGUCCUUGUGGUCUGGAUCUUCCUGGCUUUGGGUGCAAUGUGCCUUCUGCUGUCCAUUGGACAUGGCAUUUGGGAGAGCCACAAAGGCUACUUCUUCCAGGCAUUUCUCCCAUGGCAGCGUUACAUCGCUUCAUCAGCUACAAGUUCUGCCCUGGUUUUCUGGUCCUACUUCAUAGUCCUCAACACCAUGGUUCCCAUUUCCCUCUAUGUCAGUGUUGAAAUAAUAAGACUGGGAAACAGUUACUAUAUCAACUGGGAUCGACAGAUGUAUUAUGCACCAAAGAACACCCCAGCACAGGCACGCACUACCACCCUCAAUGAAGAACUCGGCCAAGUUAAAUAUGUGUUCUCUGACAAGACAGGAACUCUGACUGAGAAUGUGAUGAUCUUCAACAAAUGCUCCAUCAAUGGGAAGACCUACGGUUAUUCCUAUGAUGCCAAUGGACAGUGUGUGCCAGGCUCUCCGAAUGACAAGGUUGACUUCUCCUAUAACCAGCUGGCCGACCCUAAGUUCUCAUUCUAUGAUAAUACUUUGGUGGAAGCCGUGAGGAAUGAAGACCGCUUUGUGUACCUCUUCUUCCUCUGCCUCUCACUGUGCCACACUGUGAUGUCCGAAGAGAAGGUGGAAGGUGAGCUGGUGUACCAGGCUCAGUCACCAGAUGAAGGUGCCCUGGUCACUGCUUCUAGGAACUUUGGCUUUGUGUUCUGUUCCCGCACACCUGAGACAAUCACAGUGAUCGAAAUGGGGAAAAUACGAGUUUACCAGCUGCUGGCUAUUUUGGACUUCAGCAAUGAGCGCAAGAGGAUGUCUGUGGUUGUUCGGACACCUGAAAAUCGGGUCAUGUUGUUCUGCAAGGGAGCAGACACCAUCAUCUACGAGCUCCUUCAUCCCUCCUGUGCGUCCCUUAGUGAUGUGACCAUGGACCACUUAGAUGAUUUUGCCAGUGAAGGCCUGCGCACCCUCAUGGUAGCUUACCGAGAAUUGGAUAGUGCAUUUUUCCAGAAGUGGAUUAAAAAGCACAGUGAAGCCUGCCUGACUCUCGAGGAUCGAGAAAGAAAAUUAACUCUGGUCUAUGAAGAAGUUGAAAGCAACUUAAUGUUACUAGGGGCCACAGCCAUCGAAGACAAGCUUCAGAGCGGAGUACCUGAGACAAUUUUCACCCUGAGCAAAGCCAAAAUCAAAAUGUGGGUUCUAACUGGCGAUAAGCAAGAGACUGCUGUGAACAUCGCCUACGCCUGUAGGCUAUUCAAGGAUGAAAUGGAUGGGGUGUUCAUGGUGGAAGGCACAGACAGGGAAAGUGUUCUGCAAGAACUCAGGAGUGCAAGGAACAAGAUGAAACCCGAGUCUCUGCUGGAAUCAGAUCCCAUAAACAUUUAUCUUGCCAGGAAACCCAAAAUGCCUACAAGAGUACUUGACGAGACACCCAACGGCGACUAUGGCCUGGUCAUCAGCGGCUACAGUCUGGCCUAUGCUCUAGAAGGGAACAUGGAGUUGGAGCUACUACGAACAGCGUGCAUGUGCAAGGCGGUAAUCUGCUGCCGGAUGACCCCCCUUCAGAAGGCCCAAGUGGUAGACCUGGUGAAGAGGUACAAGAAGGCAGUGACCCUGGCCAUCGGGGACGGGGCCAAUGACAUCGGCAUGAUCAAAGCUGCCCACAUCGGGGUUGGCAUCACGGGCCACGAAGGGAUGCAGGCCAUGCUCAACAGCGACUUCUCCUUCAGCCAGUUCCACCACCUUCAGCGCCUCCUCAUGGUGCAUGGCCGCUGGUCUUACAAUCGCAUGUGCAAGUUCCUCAGCUACUUCUUUUACAAAAACUUCGCCUUUACACUGGUGCACUUCUGGUACGCCUUCUUCAACGGGUUCUCUGCUCAGACAGUGUACGACACUUGGUUUAUCACCUGCUACAAUCUGAUCUACACUUCCCUCCCUGUGCUUGGCUUGAGUCUGUUUGAAAAGGAUGUGAAUGAAACAUGGAGUCUGUGUUACCCAGAGCUGUAUGAGCCAGGACAGCACAACCUGUAUUUCAACAAGAAGGAAUUUAUUAAGUGUUUGAUACAUGGCAUCUACAGUUCCUUCGUGCUCUUCUUUGUCCCCAUGGGGACCAUCUUCAACUCAGAACGCAGUGAUGGAAAGGACAUCUCUGACUUCCAGUCCUUCUCCUUGAUAGUGCAGACCACCUUGAUCUGGGUGAUGACGAUGCAGAUCGCCCUGAGGACAAACACCUGGACGAUAAUAAGCCAUGCCUUCACCUGGGGUAGCCUGGGCCUCUACUUCUGCGUCUUAUUCUUCCUGUAUAGUGAUGGCUUGUGUCUGAUGUCCCCCAGCACCUUCCAGUUCUUAGGUGUGGCCAGGAACAACCUUAACCAGCCACAGAUGUGGCUGUGUCUGAUCCUCAGCACGGUCCUCUGUAUGAUUCCUGUGAUUGGCUACAACUUCCUGAAACCACUGCUCUGUCCUGUCAAUGUGGACAAGGUUCUGAACAGGAUUCAUUUUUGCUUGAAACAUCCACUGCCACCCACAGUCAAGACCAAAGCAAAACACCCAGGCCUUCGACGUUCUGCCUAUGCGUUCUCCCACAAACAGGGCUUUGGGGACCUCAUCACAUCUGGCAAGACACUGAAGUCCAAGGCCUUCAAAACAAACAAGAAGUUCUUGUAAAAAGCAGAGGCCCUUAGGAAAGCACUCAAUCAGUCAACAAUUGCUCUUCCUCCCUUUAAUUUAUGCAACUUAGUAAAAAGGGAUGAGGGUCUUGAGAAACAGCACCAACCUACCCCCAGGCCUUCAGCUUCCUCAUCCCCCAGCAAGCUGUACCCUGGAAAGGCAAGGGAAGAGACAACAGCCCCAGAUAUCAGCCAGAGUUACAGCAUUUCAAGAAAAGGCAAGUUCACGCCUCCCAUGGUUCCUUCCACACUGUCAUCCAGACAAGCAGAUGUGGGAGAGAUGAAGAGGGGCGAUAAAGAAGGAGAAGACAGGGCCAAGGAACCUCAGUUUGGGCCCUGUCCCUCUCACACCCAGAGCAACUGUAAACCUUCCCAGAACCCCACGUGAACAUAUCCCACCCAGACACCGUUUUCAGAUUUAUCUGGAAGAUUCAGGGUGCCAGGGUGAGUGUUUUGCUGGCCCUGAGCAGCAAAGGAGGCAGCCGUGAAGACUUGGUCUGAAGAAGCUGAAGCAGAGUUUCUGGACCAAACAGAAAAGAAGAAGAAGAAAGGAAAGACAAUGGAGGCAGGUCCUGCCUGGAUAGGACAGCUCAAAUUCUGCCUUUCCCUCUCUGACCCCUUUGAUCUAAGAACUGAUGUUUAUUCAGGCAUUAGAACCUGGAGGGGAACAACACGGGAUUUAGAAAAUAAUUUCCUAAUGGGAUGUAAGCCACUGCUGCUGAGUGUUUGUCUUCUAUAGAAUGAUUCUGAGAAGAAAUUGUAUGGACUUGAAAAGAUGUUUCUAAGAAGUUUGUGGAGAAAUAAAUUGCUUAUUUGGA